AUGCAGGAAAAGCUGAUUGUUGGUACGCUGAAUGUCGUCAGCUUAGUCAGUCGCAAACGGAAACAGUGGUUGCUUCAGCUGAUGUGGGAGAAGAGGAUUGAUAUUCUAUGUGCGCAGGAAACAAAAAUUGAGACGGACUCUCAGGAAGAAGAGCUUAUAGCGUUUUACAAGAAUAGCUUCCAGGUGUUCCAUUCCAAGGCGAGGGAGGGAAGGAAUGGCACAGCGGUGUUUGUCAGAAGAAGGCACUAUCUAAGAGUGGUCCCUGACAUUGGUCACGACAUGGAAGGGAGAGUGAGUUCUGUUGAUUGUCUGUUUGGGAGUAACCUGAUUAGGAUUAUAUCCGUAUACGCACCAAACUCAACGUCCGAAAGGAAAUUAUUUUUUGAAUACCUGCAGACCUUUCUGCGCACAUCGGCCAAUAUUUUCUUGUGCGGCGAUUACAACUGUGUCCUUUCGCAACGCGACAGGCUAGGAAAAUGCAGAAUCAACGACUGUAGCACAACUGAACUUCGCAGACUCCUCCAUGUGAACAACUUGGUAGAUGCAAAGGAGGCAACGGGGAACUCGGACAUUCAGUUCACGCACUGGCAAGACAAGUCUCAUGCGCGACUGGAUAGAAUUUAUAUCUCCGGGGAGAGCAAAGUUAGCUGCGCCUACAGCCACAUCACGCCGGUUGCUUUUUCAGACCACGCGCUUGUGACACUGGCUGUCCAGACCACCAAACGGUGGACGCAAGAAAACAGAAAUACGCUCCCGUGA